AUGAUAUCCCGCGUUUUCAAAUUCAAUUCACUCAAACUCAUCAACGCCACCGCCGCAGCCGCCACCACCGCUCCGAUCCAAUCAUCUCGAUUCUACACGCCCAAAUUCGGAGAACCAUACCAGGGCCCACCAAAACUCCCCAAGGAAGAGCAAGAAGAGUUUGAAAGAUUGCAGAAAAUAGCCCAGUCGCAAAUCGCAAUUGAAGAAUACAACGACCAACUCUUAGCUGAAGAACAACAAGAAAAACAACAACAAGAGCAGAGCCAGGGUGGAGCUGAUGCCGACCAGAGGGCACCUGUGGUAUCGCAGAAUCUGGAUAUCGGCUCAUUUGCAUAUUUGAGAACGAUACCUGAGUUCGAAGGCGAUGUCAAUCCUCAAACCGGCGAACGCGGGGGGCCCAAACAGGACCCGUUGAAACGGAGCGAUGAAUGGACUUUUAAUGGACGGACUAUUGAUUUCUAG